GUGAGGCUUCAAGCUCUGAGGAAGAGCCUCCAUCCCCAGAGGACAAAGAGAACCAGGCCCCUAAACGGGCUGGCCCACACCUGCGUUUCGAGAUCAGCAGUGAGGAUGGGUUCAGCGUGGAGGCAGAGAGCUUGGAAGGGGCAUGGAGAACUCUGAUUGAGAAGGUGCAAGAGGCCCGAGGGCAUGCCCGGCUCAGACAUCUCUCCUUCAGUGGAAUGAGUGGGGCAAGGCUCCUGGGCAUCCACCACGAUGCUGUCAUCUUCCUGGCAGAGCAGCUGCCUGGGGCUCAGCGCUGCCAGCACUACAAGUUCCGCUACCACCAGCAGGGAGAGGGCCAGGAGGAGCCACCCCUGAAUCCCCAUGGGGCAGCCCGCGCUGAGGUCUAUCUCCGCAAGUGCACCUUUGACAUGUUCAACUUCCUGGCCUCCCAGCACCGGGUGCUUCCUGAGGGAGCCACCUGUGACGAGGAAGAGGACGAGGUGCAGCUCAGGUCAACCAGACGUGCCACCAGUCUGGAGCUGCCCAUGGCCAUGCGCUUUCGCCACCUCAAGAAGACAUCCAAAGAGGCUGUGGGUGUCUACAGAUCUGCCAUCCACGGGCGGGGCCUGUUCUGUAAGCGCAACAUCGAUGCCGGCGAGAUGGUCAUCGAGUACUCUGGUAUUGUUAUUCGCUCUGUGCUGACUGACAAGCGGGAGAAGUUCUAUGAUGGGAAGGGCAUUGGGUGCUACAUGUUCCGCAUGGAUGACUUUGACGUGGUGGACGCCACCAUGCAUGGCAAUGCCGCCCGCUUCAUCAACCACUCGUGUGAGCCCAAUUGCUUCUCUCGAGUCAUCCAUGUGGAGGGCCAGAAGCACAUCGUCAUCUUCGCCCUGCGCCGCAUCCUGCGUGGUGAGGAGCUCACCUAUGACUACAAGUUCCCCAUUGAGGAUGCCAGCAACAAGCUGCCCUGCAACUGUGGCGCCAAGCGCUGCCGUCGCUUCCUUAACUGAAGCAGUAGCUGCCUGCCACUCCCCCCGCUGCCAUCUUGCCCCUAGCCUGGGGGCUCCCUCGUCCCUCCCAGAGCAUCUCACCCCCACCCUCAUGUUCAGGGUGGAUGUGGGCAUGCAGGUGGCGAGGGCCCUGCCUCCACCCCUCCAGCCCACCCAGCAAUCGCCCCCUUCUUGCCCUGGGGGCCCAGGAUGUAGAUAUUGUACAAAAGUUUCUAAAUCCCUUCUUUUCUAUGCACUUUUUUAUUUAAGGGGGUGGGAUCCCAGGUGGGAACCCCCCCACAAUAAAGUCUGUCAAUGUUUGGA